AUGUUCAACGCUCUCAAUGGGCUUGGUGGAGCUGGAUUAGUUUCACCUGGUCCGGCCAAUGAGUCGAACAUCGCACUCUACGCUUGUUUUGCAAUUGUGGGGUUCUUUGCCGGCUUCAUCGUCAACAUAGUUGGAUUGAAGUCAUCGUUGUUUAUCGGUGGCAUAUCAUAUGUGGUGUACGCUGGAAGCUUUCUUGCUUACAAACACAUCGAGAAUCGAGGUUUCUUGGUCUUUGGGGGAGCAUUUUUAGGAGCAUGUGCAGGCCCGUUCUGGGCCGCGCAAGGGGCGAUGUUGAUAUCUUAUCCUUCUGAUGAGCAAAAAGGACGUUCUACCUCCUGGUUCUGGGCUAUAUAUAAUAGCGGAGCUGCAAUAGGAAGUCUUGUCACUCUGUGUCAAGAACUACAAACGAGCGUUAGCAAUGUUGCCUCUGACAGUACAUACAUCACUAUUGUUGCGCUAAUGUUUGCUGGAACCGCAUUGGCCCUUUGUCUAUGCCAACCCAAAAAUGUCAAAAGGGAAGACGGGUCUUGUGUUCACCUCACAGUAACUGUUGAAAAAGACUGGCGAAACGAAUUUAUGCAUUUCUGUAAAGUGAUCCGCAAAGACUAUUUUAUCAUUCUAUUAUUCCCGUUAUUCCUCACCUCAAAUUGGUGCUAUCCAUACCAAUUCAACACCUUCAACCUUAAAACAUUCAAUAUCCGCACCAGAGCUUUGAACAACUUCCUCUACUGGCUAUCGGAGAUAAUAGGUGCGCUAGUUGUUGGCCAUACCUUGGAUAAUGAUCGUCUGAGCCGGUCUAGUCGAGCGAAGGGACUUGUCGCCGGACUUGUACUUUUGACAUUCGGAGUUUGGACUGGCGGAUACAUGUGGGAAAAAGGGUUUUACUAUCAAACAGAUUUCGUCGAAGAGGGCCAGAAAGUGGACUUUGAUGAUACGGCUUACCUUGGGCCGAUAUUCUUAUAUAUGGCUUAUGGGAUUUUCAAUGCAAUUUGGCAGAAUUGUGUAUAUUGGAUCUUGGGAAAAUUUACGAGUAGUACUCGAACAGCAUCAAUCUACAUCGGCUUCUACAAAGGCAUCCAGUCCGCGGGUGGCGCUAUCAGUUAUCGCAUAAAUAACUCAGAUAUUUCUGCAAUGAAUGAAUUCUUAAUUUGCUGGAUUCUUCUCGCUGUUUCGCUGGUUAUAGCGGCGCCAGUUAUCAUUUAUAAGAUACGAGAUGAGAUUGACGAGGAAGAAACCGCUGGAGAAGAAACAGCUACAGAAGUGGGGCUCGCAGAAAUUGAUGAAGAGAAAGCAAAUGCUGUAAAAAGUUCAAAAAAUGAAGCCCAAGGGGGGCUUUCCGAAAAAGAGUUGGAAACAUCACCAGCGUGA